AUGGAAACAGUCGGGUUUCUGUUGUCGGUCAAACGAUACGUGCCAAAUCAAUGGAAAUAGUGGUGUUGGUGGAGUAUCGCGGGGUGGUCAUGUAAGCUGUAAUGUUACUUAAACAGAAUAGCGCGCCCUUAGACUGAAAGCCGCGGAGAAGUGUAGACAGUUGGGAGAUUUGUGUUCAGCCUGUAUCUGGUUGUAGCGGGUCUGUAGUGCAGUGCAUGCGCGCACCGCUAAAAAUAUUUGUUCGGGCAGUUUAGCUACCAGCUAACAUUAGCUGCCGUGGAGCUAGCAGUAGUGAAGAAGCUGCUACAGCACACACACACACGACCUAGCGUUAGCAACGAGAGCAAGAGCAUCGCGGAGUGUCAGACGUCUACAGCAGACAAAACUACGGUGCUGGUGUCAGCGUGUCCUGGGGUUAACACGGAUCCACUAUGUUGAACCCGGCCAAUGGAGACCCAAGCCAUGUUGUUGUGAAUUAUGUGGAGGAGUAUUUGGACCUGGUGGAGUCACUGCCUUUUGAUUUGCAGAGGAGUGUGUCCCUAAUGAAGGAAAUUGAUGCAAAGUAUCAAGAUGUUCUGAAGGAGCUUGAUGAUGCCUACGAGCGGUAUCGCCGGGAAUCUGACUCCGUGCAGAGGAGAAAGCUUCAGUUAUCCAUUCAGAGGGCGUUGAUUCGCAGUCAAGAGCUCGGAGAUGAGAAGAUCCAGAUUGCCGGUCAAAUGGUGGAGUUGGUUGAGAAUCGAACACGACAAAUAGAUUGGCAUUCUGAACUCCUCCUCUCCUCACAAGAAGUUCCAGAGAGCCACAUCCCCACAACAACAUCCAUGACAACCACUGCAGCAUCCAUGAUGUCAUCAUCCUCAUCAGCCACCAUCACCCCAGGCAAAACCAGCCACCAUGACAAGAAGCGCGACGAGGUCACCCCAGGAUCAGGUGGUGGAGACAAGUCCGGAGGGAAACGCUCAAGACGUCAGAAAAACGGAGAGAAUCGGGAAAGUUACGGGGGUCUGGACCACGCUGAGGAAGUGGGUGUGGGGGCUUCGCGGGAAAAGAGAGCCAAAACAUCUUCAAAGAAGAAGAAAAGGUCAAAGGGGAAGUCUGAGAGAGAAGUGUCACCUCCUGACCUGCCCAUCGAUCCAGAUGAGCCAACAUACUGCCUGUGUGAGCAGGUGUCCUACGGCGAGAUGAUUGGCUGCGAUAACGAUGAAUGUCCCAUCGAAUGGUUUCAUUUCUCCUGUGUCGGGCUCCAUCAUAAGCCCAAGGGCAAGUGGUACUGCCCCAAGUGUCGGGGUGAAAAUGAGAAGACCAUGGACAAGGCCUUAGAGAGGGCCAAGAAGGAGAGGGCAUACAACAGGUAGCUCGCUCUGUGCAGCCUGAUGAACACUGUAUUGUGUAAAAAAAUCUACAUUUUAUGUCCCGUCUUUUUUUCCAUUUGUCAACACUGUUCAAAAAUGUAAGGAAUUGAUAAUAGAGGGUUUGUAAAUAGUUAUUUUUGUAACUGCUGCAUAGCAGAUAAACAACACAACAAUCUCCCUCCUGCUUGGGAUCAUUUGUGAAGGAUGGACUUUGUACUAUACAACCUGCAUGUAACCAGCUGUCCUGCACUUACAUCUCCUUUGUUUUUAUCAUGCAUGCAACAUCACUCAGUCCUUUGCAUCUGCUCAAUUGACAAAUAAAAUGUUUCUAAACGAAGAAGAA